AUGCCUGAUGCCCCACCUGGGGCAGGUUGGGGGGCCAGGGGCCCAGCCCAGACUGGUCAGAGCUACUCCAGGCUGCUGACGCCAGGACCAGGCAAACAAAGCCAUUACCAGGCCCUCAGAUCCCGCCGGCUUCAGGACCACCACCUGCCUCGCCACAUCCCUCGCUUUGCCAAGAACCUGGUGGGCCUUCAACUGCAGAAGACAAAGACCUCUGUGCCCUCAGCACCCACACCCCCUCUACCUCGUGCGGUUGGGGACCUGGGGACCUGCAUUACCAGAUGCUCCCCUGAGGACUGCUACGGGCUGGGGCUCUGGCCCGGCCGGGCUCUGGAGGAGGCGGCGGCGGCGCGGAUGGCGGCAGAGCCCCGGCGCCCGUGGGCCCAGGCGCUCAGCGCGUACGGUGCCAGCGAGGCGCUGAGGCGCGCGGUGGGCCGCUGGCCGGACCCCGAGCCGCAGCCCCACAGGCCGAGCCCCAACGAAGCCCGCGCCUCAGGCCGCCUGGCGCGCCUGCGGUGCCAGUUCCGGGCUGAAGCGGCGGCGCGGGCCGACGCGCCCCGGCUGCCACGGCUGGUGGAGCGCGCGGGGGCCGCGGCGGGGGCCGGGGAGCCCGAGAAGGCGCGCAGCCGCGGCUCCGUGUGCUCCGUGUGCGGGGAGCCGCGCGGCGGGGCCACCUACCCGGCGGGCGUCCUGGAGGUGAGCGAGCGGCAGCUGCAGGAGGGCCUGGCGGCCGUUCGCGCCGAGAUGGGCGCGGGGCUGGAGGCGCUGCGCGCGGAGCUGCGGGCCGAGCUGGACGCCCUGCGCGCGCUGCUGCCGCCUCCGCCGCUCGCCCUCCGCGAACCUCGCGGCCUCCGCGGCCCGGCCCUGCUGCGGGCGCUGGGCACCGUGAACGCCCUGGCCGCGGGCGCGAGGCCCACCGACAACGCCUCGGACAGCCCGGUCGACGGCGGCGCGAGCCGGGCCCCGGCCAGUAAGAACCUCAAGAAGACCCCGCCCGGGGCCCCGCAGGGCGGCGGGGAUUAA